AAUUAUUUAUGAUUUCCUUUACUCAAAAUCUCACGAGGAAUGGAAAACACUCCGAGGUGGGGCUGGGCACGAGCAGGGGUCAGAUCCUCCAUCAGGCUGUGAUGCUUCCCUCCAUCAGCCCACGUUCUCAGGCACGUUAGAGAGACUGGCUGUUUCUGACCAAGGCCAGCACUGUGUCUCCAGCAGCCCUCACUCCAUCUACCCCCCUGGAAAUGGAGGAGGGCAGAGCUGUGAGCUUUUUCUAGCGGCGGUAGUUAACAGUUGGCUGGGUCUUAAAGCAGGAUGGUUUAAAUUAUUUUUGGGACAGGUUGAAUACAAUAGAAAACCAACAUCCAUAGAAGCACCUGCCAAGCCUAACUCUAAAUAUAAAUCAUCUGCAGUGCCAGACCAUCCGAAGCUAGUCCUGCUCCACUUGAAUUAUUGCUUUCUGUUGCUGCGUGAGCGCCUUGCACACAUCCAGCCUUGUCACAGCACGUCCUCCUUCUCUUACUUCAGCAGAGCACAACUCCUCUAAGGUGGGCGAGCUGACAAAACCUGCUCAGUCUCACUUCUCAGCUGGUGUCACUUCAUGACAUUUUCUACUUUCUGAGGCCACCACUCUCCAGAAGUUCUAUUUGUGGAUGGCAUUAUACUGGCUGGAAGUUUGACGUGGAUGCAGUGACCUGGGAAUGCUUCCUGGGGGCAAUACUGACUGCCAGCACUGAUGCAGGUGGCCACUGGGCUGAGCAACCCCCACGUGUUUCAUUUCUGCUGUGGGCAGCUCUCUUCUGGGGGUAGGACAGGCAGUGAGGUGAUUAGCAGCAUCCUUAGCAUUGCCGUGCAUGGGCAAAUGAGCCCUAAGGACAUAACAAGGCAUGUGAACCUGUGAUAAAAUGCAGAGGGUUACAGAUAACCUUCAACAGCUCCUCCCUGUUUGUCUCUGUGCGUUCCCUGUGUUGGGGGGAGGAUCAGGCACUGUUGAUUCAUGUGCUGUAAUCUGAUGAGAACCACCUGAGAGGUCUCCCCACCAGCUCAGAGUCAAACCCAGCUGCCUCUCUUUGCUAAACCAAAGAUCUGCAAAGAUCUUUUGGGGUUGGAUGCCAUUCCCUGAGCAGUGGCUGCCUGAGAGACCCAUGGAGAUUCCUGGUGUGAUGGCUGGAAGUCCAGGGAUCUGAGCAUGAACAACAUCAGCCAGCUGCAGCCCAGCGCCUUCCACCGCCUGCAAUUCCUGGAGGAGCUACGCCUCUCUGGAAACCAGAUCUCCAGUAUCCCAGGGGAAGCUUUCUCUGGCCUCUACAGCCUGAAGAUUCUGAUGCUGCAGAACAAUCAGCUGAGCCGCAUCCCUGCAGAGGCACUGAGAGAUCUUCCAAACCUCCAAUCUCUACGCCUGGAUGCCAACCUCAUCUCCGUGGUGCCCGAGGAGAGCUUUGAGGGGCUGCAGUCCCUGCGGCACCUCUGGCUGGACGACAACGCGCUGACGGAGAUCCCGGUCCGGGCUCUGAACCGCCUCCCGGCUCUGCAGGCCAUGACGCUGGCGCUCAACCAGAUCUGGCACAUCCCCGAUUUCGCCUUCCAGAACCUCAGCAGCCUCGUGGUGCUGCACCUUCACAACAACCGCAUCCAGCGCCUGGGGGCGAAUGGCUUUGAUGGGCUGCACAACCUGGAGACGCUGGAUCUCAAUUACAACGAGCUGCUGGAAUUCCCAGGGGCCAUUCGGACGCUGGGCCGACUGCAGGAGCUUGGUUUUCAUAACAACAACAUCAAAGCCAUCCCAGAGAAUGCAUUUGUUGGGAAUCCCCUUCUCCAAACAAUCCAUUUUUAUGACAACCCCAUCCAGUUUGUUGGACAGUCUGCCUUCCAGUACUUGCCAAAGCUACACACUCUGUCUCUCAACGGUGCAACGGACAUCAGAGAAUUCCCAGACCUAAAAGGCACCACCAGCCUAGAAGUUUUGACGUUGACCCACGCAGGCAUCCACCUCCUCCCCAGAGCCGUGUGCCAGCAGCUGCCCAGCCUGCGCGUCCUAGAGCUGUCACACAACAAAAUCGAAGACCUGCCCAGCUUCCACCGGUGCCAGCGGCUGGAGGAGCUUGGUCUCCAGCACAACAGAAUCCACGAAAUCAGAGCGGACACCUUUGUGCAGCUGACAGCCCUGCGCUCCAUAGACCUGAGCUGCAAUGACAUCCAUUUCAUUCACCCCGACGCCUUCGUGACGCUGCGCUCGCUCACCAAGCUGGAUCUGUCAGACAACCGGCUGGCAGUGCUGCCGCUGGGUGGAUUGGGCAGCCUGACCCACCUGAAGCUGCAGGGCAACCCAGCACUCUCUGAGCCCUUUGCCGAGGACAGCUUUCCCAAACUAAGAGUCCUCGAGGUACCUUACGCCUACCAGUGCUGCGCCUAUGGAAGCUGCAGUGGGUUCUUCAGAGCAUCCAACCAGUGGGAGGCAGAAGGCGAGAGCCCUGAGGAUGAAGAUCCCCACAGGAGGGCCCUGGAGCUCUUCCCAGGUCACACAGACAACCACUAUGACCUCGAGGCAGAUGAGCUCCAGCUGGACCUUGAGGACUCAAAGCUGCACCCCUCUAUCCAGUGCACGCCCAGCCCCGGCCCCUUCAAGCCUUGCGACCACUUGUUUGAGAGCUGGAUCAUUCGCCUGGGCGUCUGGGUCAUCGUUCUGGUCUCGGUGCUCUGCAACGGGCUGGUGGUCCUGGCCGUCUUCGCCUCUCCCAGCUACCUCUCUCCAGUUAAGUUUGUCAUCGGCUCCAUAGCCGGAGCCAACACGCUGAGCGGCGUUUCCUGCAGCAUGCUGGCCCUCGUUGACGCCCUGACCUACGGCCACUUCGCACAGUUCGGCGCCAGGUGGGAGAGUGGCACGGGCUGCAGGGUGACCGGCUUCCUGGCCAUGUUCUCCUCCGAAGCCGCCAUCUUCCUGCUGACAUUGGCUGCAGUGCAGUGCAGCGUUUCGGUCUCCUGCGCGCGGGGCUGCAGGAAGGCACCCUCCCUUGGCAAGGUGAAGGCCGCAGCGCUCGGCUGCCUCUUGCUGUCCUCCGUGGCCGCAGUUCUGCCUCUCUUCUCCAUCGGGGAGUACGGAGCAUCCCCGCUGUGCCUCCCGUACCCCAUCCCGGGUGGGAAACCCGCCACCCUGGGCUUCACCGUGGCCUUGGCGAUGACGAACGUGCUCUGCUUCCUGGUGGUCACAGGCACCUACAUCCGACUGUACUGCAGCCUGCUGAAGGGCGAGUGCGGCGCUGUCUGGGACUGCGCCAUGGUCAAGCACGUGGCCUGGCUGAUCUUCACCAACUGCCUCCUUUACUGCCCGGUGGCCUUCCUCACCUUCUCUUCCACGCUCAACCUCUUCCUCAUCACCCCGGAGGUCAUCAAAUCCGUCCUCCUGGUGGUCCUGCCCCUGCCCGCCUGCCUGAACCCCGUGCUCUACCUGCUCUUCAACCCCCACUGCAGGGAUGACCUCCGCCUGCUGCGGCAGAAGGGCCGGGACAGGGGCGGCUGCCCCCAACCCUGCGGGCUCGACGACACGGAGAAAAGCUCCUACGACUCCACGCAGGCUCUGGUCAGCUUCUCUGACAUCGACCACAUAUUCGAGACGCCCGAUUCCCUGGGAGCACAUCCCAUCCUCGACAGCUACCGCUUCCCCCCCACGACGCUCGUGCCCUGCCAGCAAAGGAUGGGCGCCGGGGGGAGGGAGCGGGGCUGCUCCGAGCUCUGCCCCUGCCUCAGUGACAGCGCGGUACUGACGGCUCCAGAGAGCGGGGAGCCGACCGCCCGCAGCCCCCGGGCCGCCUCCGGCCCCCCCCCCGCCCUACAUCUCUCACGUAUAGAGCUCGGAGCAGCCGUGCCCACAGCGCGGAGAGCCGGCCCCGGCUGGGCGGCCAGCAAGGUGCCAGCGGGCUGCUCCACCUCCAGCACCAGCACGACCCGUCUACCCCCACCCCCCCACAUCCGCUGCCCGUUGCCGAGGUCUUGGAAGGGGCUCCGACAGCUCCAGGCGCUCCGGGCUGCCACGGGAGGGGACCGCGUUUCCCUGCUAGGGGCUGUGUGGGAGGGAGCCCACCGGCUCAGGGAGACCCUCCUCCUCAUCGGCAGCAAAACCCAGCCCUAAGGACAGCUUAGUACACACAAGGCAGUGCUCUGCAGCAGAGACACGUGGAAGCAGCCAGCUGCAACGACGCGGUCACCCAUAGGUGGUGGUAAACCCGGGUCCCUGCGGGCCCGCAGAGCUCUGGAAGUGGGCUUGUGUGCCCUUAACACCACCAGCUGCAAAGGCAGAGGAGAUGGGUUAUGAGCAGUGGACUCGUGGGGGCUGCUGAUGUCGAGUGGUUUCUGUGCUGGGAGCCUUGCUGCUGGGCAGUGCCUGCUCCUUCAGCCAACACCCCGGGCUGGAAAUGCUACUGCUCUUUCAACCCAACAAUGGGUCUCUGACCCCCAAAGCAGCCAAAUCCAAACACCUCCCCCAAGAAACCCUCGUGCUUUGCCUGUAGUCACCUGGCCAGGUUGCCUGGGGGCAUAUGGGCCUCCCCACACUCACAGAGCUCUCCACCUUCGCACCUUCGCCCAGAGCUGCCAGAUUCCAUUGGGAAUGGUGGGGAUGGGGUCUGGCUCAUUCCCUGCCCCCAAAUCUCACCCUGUAACAUGCUCUUACUUCAGGAGCACGCUGAAGAAGACCUCCAUAGAAGAGCCCAUGUGGGGGCUGUGCUUGUCCCUCCCUUUGUGAGGACAGCUCAAAUAGGAGGGAACAGAAAUCAGCUUUGUGGGAUGGCAAUGUCAGGAGGACGCAGACCACUGUGAAUGGUCCUGAAUUGUCUCCCCACAGCUCAGGGAUCUCCCAGAUCCAUUCUCCCCAUCACAACCCACCACCACCUGCCACCCGCGGUCAGCUCUGGGCAAAGCUUUAGUCCUGCCGGUGUUACCACAGCUGUAUCAGCCAUCCAUCCCUGUGAGAUAAUAAAGGAGCCCCGCUGCUGACCAGUGGCUGCUUUCUGAUCUCUUGCCUCGUGCCCUCUUGGUUUGCCCUGCGGCUGCCUGCUGCUUCCCCCCAGGGGAAAAGUCUAAUUGUGUGUGUUGUUGUGUCUUGUUUUUUUUUUUUCUUUUUUUCUUUUUUCCCCUCCUGCAUUUCUUUCCAACGGAAUCAAUCAAUUAAAAUAACUGAAUUGUUUUCCUCUUCCCCCUCCUCCCUUUCUUCACAUUUCGGUAGUUUUUGUUAUGGGAGGAAUUUGAAAGCAAGAGAACAUUGUCCUCUUCUGGACGUUUCCAGAAAUGGCAGCGAGGCAGGAGGGCGCUCAGCUACGGGGGAACUCAACCCCUCUCUCCCUGCCACCGCGCCUCAGCGUCGCCCAACGCCCAUUAAACGUCAAGGGAGAGCUGACCCGGUGCUGAGCCUCUGUAUGUUGGAAGAGGAUGCGUUUGUGCGAGCCCCCUUUGGGAUUUUACACGUGUAGAUGACAGUACU